UCAAAUUGUAUCUGAGAGAUCAGCCUGGAGACCUCGGGGCCAGGCGCGUCAGUCGGUGCGCAAUUGUUGAUCCGAUCACAUCCAGCGGACUUUAGCUCCACCGAAGCCCAGCGAGGAAGACUUCAACAAGCGCGUCUCCCGACUGCUCCGCCGGCGCUGGCUUUGUCCUGACCGCCCUCUCGGCCCUUUCUCUUUCCUUUCUGUUUUGGCUCCUAUUUUUGCGCACGGUUGGCUGGACCUGUGCGCGGAACUUUGCCACUCGCAGGAGAUGUCUUUCCCCCAGCUCGGCUACCCGCAGUACCUCAGUGCCUCCCAGGCGGUGUACGGCACCGAGAGAGCGGGCGUGCUGACGCCGUCGUCCCGGGGAGGCAGCGCUGAAAUCGGGGGGAGUCCGUCCGCCACGGCGGCUGCAGUCACCUCGGUGCUCGGCAUGUACGCGAACCCGUACGCGCACAACUACAGCGCCUUUUUACCCUACAGCAGCGCGGACCUGGCGCUCUUCUCCCAAAUGGGCUCCCAGUAUGACUUGAAGGACAGUCCUGGGGUCCAUCCUGCCAGCUUCGCUGCCCACACCUCCCCGGCCUUCUACCCAUAUGGCCAGUUCCAGUAUGGGGAUCCGGCCAGGCCCAAGAACGCCACCCGGGAGAGCACCAGCACCCUCAAAGCCUGGCUCAACGAGCACCGCAAGAACCCGUACCCCACCAAGGGCGAGAAGAUCAUGCUGGCCAUCAUCACCAAGAUGACCCUGACGCAGGUCUCCACCUGGUUCGCCAACGCCAGGAGGAGGCUGAAGAAGGAGAACAAGGUGACCUGGGGCAGCAGGAGCAAGGAGGACGGAGAGGACGGGAAUUUGUUCGGCAGUGGAGAUGAAGGCGAGAAGAACGAAGACGAGGAGGAGAUCGAUCUGGAGAGCAUCGACAUUGACAAGAUCGACGACAACGACGGGGAUCAGAGCAACGAGGAUGACGACGAUAAAUCCACGGAGGGGAGCAGGGAGCUGAGGGGCGGUGGCGGCCCGGCAGACCUGGAAACUUUGGAGAAGCGACGGGCCUUCGCGCUACAGGCCCACGAGGCCUUUGACAAGUCCAAGCUCUCACUUCACUCGGGGAGUAAAGACAGCGCGGACAGCAACAACAACACCCGAGUUGUGUCUCCCGACCGGCCCGGCAGCUUCCCCCUCCCGUCCAACAACAAACCCAAAAUCUGGUCUCUUGCCGAGACCGCCACCAGCCCGGACUCCUCGUCGCAGAAGCCCACGUCCCCGUGUGGACCGGCCGCCGCCACGCACGCGUCCACGCCACACCACCAGAUCCAAACCCACCCCGCCUUCCUGCCCAGCCACGGACUAUACACGUGUCAGAUUGGGAAGUUCCACAACUGGACCAACGGGGCUUUUCUGGGCCAGAACUCCCUGCUGAAUGUGAGAUCGUUUCUGGGAGUAAACCAGCAGCAGCACCACCACCACCACCAUCACCACGGCCUGGCGGCCCAGCAGCAGCAGCAGCAGCAGCAGCCGGUGUCGGUGCUGGUGUCACCGGCGGCAGCGCAGAGCAGCGACAGCAAGGCCUCCCCCGAGAGACACAGUCCCAAACACACAGAGCAGGAGAACGGGGUUCGGUCCGUCUCUCCCCCAACACAGAUCCUCAAGUCCUCAUUUCGACCCAUCCACGACAGAUCCACGCUGCCUUCCAGCGCCAGGAGUCCGCAGGACGCCACGCAACGAGUCCUCACUGCCCUCUCGUCGGCCUAAAAGAAGACGUGAACAAGGAAAAAAAUAAAAGAGACAAAACUCCAAACUGCAGUGAGAGAAAAAAAGACGUCGCGAGGAUGGACGGGACUGUUGUUGUGUAGCCUAUAAUCGCGCCUAUAACCUCUAUUUCUCCACUUUGGGACUUUGAUUUGGUAGGACUUUGACUUUACUAUGAUGAUCAUGAUUAUUCGAUUCUUUUGUCGCCAUCGCGUGUUUUCGGGUGUCCAGUCUUUAUUGUAAAUAGCACGGCUGAUGAUUUAAAUGUGUAAAUAGGAAGCGUCGAAGGCAUUUGUCCAGAUGGUCUAUUUUGGCUAAAUAAACCAA